AUGGCUUCCAGCGACUCAGCUUCCAAGGGCUCAUUCCCACCAAGCCUGAAGCUCAAUGAUGGCAAUGAGAUCCCAGUGCUAGCAUACGGCCUCGGAACCGCCCACUACAAAACCACCCAAGGCUACGACGAGUCCGUCGUCGCCAUCACCAAGACGGCCAUUGAGCUCGGAUACCACCACCUCGACGGUGCAGAGGUCUACGGAAACGAAGAAGAGCUAGGAGCAGCCAUCAAGGAAUCCGGCGUACCCCGACACCAGCUCUUCGUCACCACCAAAGUCUUUGGCGAGCAGCAAAAGUCCACCCAGGAAGCCUUCGAGCUGUCCCUCAAGAAGCUGGGCCUCGACUACGUCGACUUGUACCUCAUCCACGCACCCUGGUUCGCCCGCUCGGACGAGGAGCUGCAGCGCAAAUGGGCCGACCUCGAAGCCAUCAAGGCGUCGGGCAAGGCGAAAUCCAUCGGCGUCUCCAACUUUCUGCAGCAGCACCUCGAGGCUAUUCUCCAGACGGCCAAGACGCCGCCCGCCAUCAACCAGAUCGAGUACCAUCCGUACCUCCAGCGCGGCGACCUGGUCGCGUUCCACAAGAAGCACAACAUUGCCGUCUCGUGCUACGGGCCUCUGCUUCCGCUGACGAGGGCAAGGGGCGGCCCCAUUGACGCGGUAUGGACUGAACUAGCCAACAAGUAUGGCGUCUCCGAGUCCGAGGUUGGACUGAGAUGGAUCUUGGACCAGGGCCUGGUUGCGAUCACUACGAGCUCGAAUAAGGCUCGCAUGCAGGGCUACUUGGCCAAGUUGCCUUUGUUUAAGCUCACGCAGGACGAGGUGGCGCGGAUCGCCGAGGUGGGCGACCAGCAUCACUUCCGCGGGUUCUGGACCCAGAAAUUUGCGCCGGAUGAUAGGCGGUAA